AUGGAGGAAUCAUACAAAGAUAGGACUUCUUUAGUGAAAGGGGCAAAAGAUAUUGCUAAAGAGGUGAAGAGGCAAGCAGUGAAAAAAAUGAAUAAAGCUGUUGACAAAGCUCAGGACGGCUACACACAGAGGUCCUACAACCGAUUCCAGGAUGAGGAAGAUGAUGAUGAUUAUUAUGUUCAAGGAGGAAAUUAUGGCAUAGAAGCUAAUGAUGAUGAAGGGUCAAGUGAAGCAACCGAAGGACAUGAUGAAGAUGAUGAAAUUUAUGAAGGGGAAUAUCAAGGAAUCCCCAACAUGGGGCAGGGCAAGGAUGGCAUGGUGGCCUUAGGGCAGUCUAUGCAUGAUGAAUAUAAGGAUCGUCGUGAACUGGAAACAGAGAGGAAAGCUGAUGAAGAAGAGCUAGCACAGCAGUAUGAACUGAUAAUACAAGAAUGUGGCCAUGGUCGAUUUCAGUGGGCACUCUUCUUUGUUUUGGGAAUGGCCCUAAUGGCAGAUGGGGUUGAAGUUUUUGUGGUUGGAUUUGUGUUACCCAGUGCUGAAACAGAUAUGUGCAUACCCAAUUCUGGAUCAGGAUGGCUUGGUAGCAUAGUGUACCUUGGGAUGAUGGUGGGGGCAUUCUUCUGGGGAGGCUUGGCAGACAAGGUGGGAAGGAGACAGUCACUCCUGAUAUGCAUGUCUGUCAAUGGAUUCUUUGCCUUCCUUUCAUCAUUUGUCCAGGGGUAUGGCUUCUUCCUCUUCUGUCGAUUGUUUUCUGGAUUUGGGAUUGGUGGAGCUGUGCCAAUAGUUUUCUCCUAUUUUUCGGAAGUUCUUGCUCGGGAGAAACGAGGCGAACAUCUGAGUUGGCUCUGUAUGUUUUGGAUGAUUGGUGGUAUCUAUGCAUCUGCAAUGGCUUGGGCAAUAAUUCCUCAUUAUGGAUGGAGUUUCAGCAUGGGAUCUGCUUAUCAGUUUCACAGUUGGCGAGUAUUUGUGAUCGUCUGUGCACUGCCCUGUGUAUCUUCUGUGGUAGCCCUCACCUUUAUGCCAGAAAGUCCACGGUUUUUGUUGGAGGUUGGAAAACAUGAUGAAGCUUGGAUGAUACUCAAGCAAAUUCAUGACACAAACAUGCGAGCUCGGGGUCAGCCUGAGAAAGUCUUCACAGUUAACAGAAUCAAAACUCCAAAGCAGAUAGAUGAGCUCAUAGAAAUAGAGAGCGAUACAGGAACUUGGUACAGAAGGUGUUUAGUUAGAAUUCGCACAGAGCUAUAUGGUAUUUGGUUGACUUUCAUGAGAUGUUUCAACUACCCAGUGAAGGAUAAUACCGUCAAACUUACAGCUGUGUGGUUCACCCUGUCUUUUGGCUACUACGGCUUAUCUGUCUGGUUUCCUGACGUCAUUAAGCAUCUGCAGUCAGAUGAGUAUGCGUCCCGAGUGAAACAUUUCCGCAAUGAGGAGGUUUCACAUUUCGUCUUCAACUUCACACUGGAAAAUCAAAUUCACAGCAAUGGAGAAUACAUCAACGACAGGUUUAUUAUGAUGAAGUUUAAAUCAGUAAUUUUUGAAGAUUCCCUUUUUAAGAAUUGUGUGUUUGAAGACAUUACUUCACUGAACACAUACUUCAGGAAUUGUACUUUUGUGAAUACAACCUUCUACAACACAGAUCUCGAGCAAUAUAAAUUUGUUGACAGUGAUUUUAUAAAUUGCACAUUUUUCCAUAUCAGGACAGGAUGUCAAAUUUCUUUUGAUGAUGACUACAGUGCCUACUGGAUUUAUUUCGUUAAUUUUCUGGGAACUUUGGCAGUGUUACCAGGGAACAUUGUGUCUGCUCUUCUGAUGGAUAGAAUUGGACGUUUAACAAUGUUAGGUGGUUCGAUGGUUCUUUCUGGCAUAAGCUGUUUUUUCCUGUGGUUUGGGACCAGUGAAUCCAUGAUGAUAGGUAUGCUGUGCCUCUACAACGGUCUCACCAUCUCAGCUUGGAACUCUCUUGAUGUCAUUACUGUGGAGUUGUAUCCUACAGACAGAAGGGCAACAGGCUUUGGCUUUUUGAAUGCACUAUGCAAAGCAGCAGCUGUACUUGGAAACUUAAUAUUUGGUUCCCUUGUUGGCAUCACCAAAGCAAUCCCUAUUCUCCUUGCUUCUACUGUUCUAGUAUGUGGAGGUCUGGUAGGACUUCGGCUUCCUGACACAAGAACACAGGUGUUGAUGUAA